AUGGUCAAGUACUCAAGAGAGCCAAGCAAUUUGACUAGAAGCGCCAAGGCCUAUGGAGCAUAUUUGCGUGUCCACUUCAAGAACACUUAUGAAACAGCUACCGCAAUAAAAGGAAUGUUAGUAAAGGACGCAAAACGUUAUUUAAACGACGUAAUUGACCGCAAAAGAUGUGUUCCUUUCAGAAAGUUCAGAGGGGGCGUUGGAAGGUGUGCCCAGGCCAAAGCCUUCAAGCAUACCCAAGGUAGAUGGCCAGAAAAAUCAUGUAAAUUCUUACUUGAUCUUCUAAAAAAUUUGGAAUCUAACGCUGAGGUCAAAGGACUUGAACAGAGUAAAUUGAGACUCGAACACGUACAAGUAAACAGAGCACCUGUGGGAAGAAGACGCUCAUAUAGGGCCCACGGUAGGAUUAUCCCGUUCCUUUCCCACCCAUGCCAUGUCGAACUCAUUGCUGUUGAAGAUGAAGACCACGUCCCAAGGCACACACCAACAGAGAAGAAAGUAGUCAAGAUGAACAAGCGUGAAUUAGCCAGAAUGAGACUUAGAACUGGAAGAGCUCUUUCAUAA